AUGCGCCCUCAAAUCGUUGCCACCGCCCUCAGAGCCGCUGCUCGCCCUGCCUUCACCAAAGCCCGGGUCGCACCCGCCUUUACACGGCUGGCCCAUGCUCACGCCCAAGAAUCCUUCGAGGCGUUCUCGGAUCGCUAUGUCAGUUUUUUCCAAAAUGCGGAAGACCUCUUCGAGGUUCAGCGAGGGCUCAACAACUGCUUUGCCCAUGAUCUCGUCCCUUCCCCUUCCGUCAUUGAGGCCGCCCUGCGCGCUGCUCGUCGCGUAGACGACUACGCUACUGCUGUCCGGAUAUUCGAGGGUGUCAAGGAGAAAGUGGAGAAUGCCCAGCAGUAUCAAGCCUACUUGGACGAACUUAAGCCAGUGCGGGAAGAACUCGGUGUCAACUUGAAGGAGGAACUCUAUAGUUCAUCGUGA